UGUUUAUUCCAUAGCAAGCUGUGACAAUGUCAAAUUCGAAAUAAAACAUGUCAAAUCAUACAUUCCAACAAAAGUCCACCAGAACCAUAGCACAUCGUCAAAAUUUCUAGUGUAAUCGCAAUGAAACGAUAAUUAAAGACCAAAAAAAAAAUGAAGAUAUCAGCGUCGGUUAGCCCGGCCGAGCAUUGGCUCACGCUGAUGAACUGUACAAUGUGCAAACGAACACCGGAAGCGUCCCCUAUCUACAGGUGCAACUACGGACACGCUCUAUGCUACUCUUGCUUCCAACAACUUAUCUCACAAGAAGCAGCAAUUCCUGUCUGCCGUGAAUGCGGCUCUGAACACUUCACACGCCAAGAUGUCUCCGACGAUUUCCUCAGAAAACUCAAAAUCAAACCGGGCAUAGGUCGCCCGUGCCGCUACGUACUGAAACCAGACCAACCAAGUCUCACUUUAGUUCCAACGACCGCAAUGGUCACAAUCGAGCAACUCUUCCAGCUGCCAACACAUCAAAUCAAAGAACUCUUUCAGAACUGCACCAAGGAAAAACUAAACUAUUUGAAGCAGCUAUCAGCGACUGAAGGUCUCACUAGUAAAUUGGCAAGCUUAUCAUUUCCGCACAAGGCUAUGUAUCACAAUAGAAAACUAACCGACGCAGAUAAGUCGUUUGAAGCUCUGCAGAGUCGCAAACCACUGAGAUGUCCGCAUGAUAUGUGCAACAAAAUCGUAGCGAUUUCCUCCUUCAAAGCGCAUUACAAGUACGAACACUUUAAUUUCAAGAAAUAUAACAUGAUCAGAGGCAACGAACUGUGUAUACCUUUCGAUCCAGCUGUUUUACAACACGGAAAAAGCAUUUGUUUGGGUAUAAUCAGCAUGUUUCCCAACCCGGAUGAUCCCAGACGUGUUAGAAGUGACGAUGAGUUAACAUCUCAUAACUCUAUGAAUAUUUUUGAUGAGAAAAAUGAAGUUGAUACGUUCUGGUUGAUGACGACUGGAUCACAGAGUGAUAAUCCACAAUUCGCUUAUAUACUUUUAUGGUUGUUUACAACCAAUGAAGACGUUGUCUAUAACAGCACGAUUGAAUUGACUUCCGAGGAAAACACCAUGACAAUGACGACGUUUUGUAAGGUGAAUAAGAUUUAUGAGAGUCAAUGUAUUAAUGAGGUAAUGCGGAGGCAGAAUUGUUUAUAUCUGGCGUACACGACGAUGAGGAGUAUGUUAAUGUAUGGGUCUACGUUGAUGUUUCGGAUGACAAUUCAUUGAAAAUUAUUAGAAUAUAAUAUUUCGCUAAAUGUGAUUCAUAUUGUGUUUAAAUAUGUAACAGAAUUUGAAUAAAUUUCGGUUGGUCCGGGCCUGGAUUACA